AUGUCUUUGAGUAAAUCAAAUAUUAGGGAAUUUAAACUGGUCGUUGUAGGUGGAGGUGGUGUAGGUAAAUCUGCAUUAACCAUUCAACUAAUCCAAUCUCAUUUCGUCGAUGAAUAUGACCCGACUAUUGAGGAUUCAUACAGAAAGCAAGUUGUUAUUGAUAAUAAAGUGACUAUUUUGGAUAUUUUGGAUACUGCAGGGCAAGAAGAAUAUUCUGCAAUGAGAGAACAGUAUAUGAGAACAGGAGAGGGGUUUUUAUUGGUCUACUCAGUUACCUCGAAGACAUCGUUUGAUGAAUUAAUGACUUACUAUCAACAAAUUCAAAGAGUUAAGGAUAUUGACUAUGUACCAAUCGUUGUCGUAGGUAACAAAUCUGAUUUGGAGGAGGAGAGACAGGUGUCUUACGAAGAGGGUGCUAAUAUGGCUCGAGAAAUGAAUGCACCUUUUCUAGAAACAUCUGCAAAGCAAGCAAUUAAUGUUGAUGAUGCUUUCUAUACCCUUGUUCGUCUUGUUAGAGACGCAGGUGGAAUAUUUAACAAGCAUUCUCAACGCAACGCUACACCUGGUAAUUUGGCGGCUGAUGGUCAAACACAACAAGGAAAUGACAACCAAUAUCAGGACGGCGAUGACCAACAUGGCUUACAAAAAAAUGUCAACACUAUAAGCAGCAAAACUGAUGCGUCCCAACAAUAUGCGGAUGCCACUGUUAACAACAACGGGACAACGACUCAAAAAGAAUCACAUUUACCAAAAUCUUCCAAGACGACUGGUGAUGUUUCAAAACAGGCCAGAGCUCAACAAUCUACCGCAUUAGGCGCAGAAAAUGAAUCAAAAAAGAAGUCUGGUGGCUGUUGUAUUAUUUCUUAG